ACUGGUGACCGCACACGGCUGCUGUAGGUAGUGUUGACGCGGCAGUGCUGACGCGCCCUGCCACAAGGAUUAAGGGGGCAAAUAUCCUCCUUCCUGAGACAGUGAUCAGUGCAUACAUACGCCACCUCAUCUGCUGGUGGCUGGUAUAGUGAUGUCUCGCCUUGCCACCAGGAUUAAGGCACUAAAUAUCAACGCCGCUGGACAAGGAAGGUGGCCAUCCUGCAGCUUCUACCACCUACACCUUCAGGGGCACGGCCUGCUCCUCUGUUUCCGCCAAGGACUCGCUCUCCGCCCCUAUCUGCCGGAAGACAACAGAACCAAGAGAAAAACGCCGGAAAAACGCAAACAGCUUACAUAGGAGAAGUGUGGGGGUAAAGAAGACGAUAAUAUUAGCAGUAAUAGAGAGAUGAGGACGAGAGACAGCGGAGAGAAGUGACAGGCUGAGGAGUUGGUGAGGAGGGCCGAGGCACCACGGAGACACCAGUGAGGCACCAUGGCACCGGUCAGAGGUCACAUGGGGCGCCAGGAGUGGGUGCAGCUUCACCUCUCACUGCUGGAGGAGGAGAGGCAGGCGGAGGUACAGGCAGCCCAGACACAGGUGGAGGGGGUGCCGGCCAGGGUAUUGGAGGCGAGAGGAGUGCUGCUGGGCCGGCUGGUGGUGGCGGAACGCUCUACGGGUCUCUAUGGCCGCCCCGUGGUUACCCUCACGCCAGAACGCAAGGAUGCCACGCUCCCUGCUAAUAAAUUUUCAGCCGGUGACAUUGUUGGGGUGUGUGAGGGGCCCAAGCAGGUGGCGACGGGGGUGGUGGUGGAGGUGGGGGAGCGGCGUGUGGUGGUGGCGGGGGAAGAGGAGGGGAGGGAGGACUUGGAUAGCCUGGAGGACGACACGAGGAUAACACUGCGGAAACUUGCCAGCGAGGUCACCUAUAGACGCAUCAAGUCCGGGCUUACACAGCUGGGUCAAGAGGUCAACUCGCCAGCCUCCCACCUCCUAGCGCUGCUGUUCGGCGAAGACCCUCCCUACGACCUCUCUCCACGCCUGCCCCCAAAGCUGAUCUCCCCCUCUGGUGACCUGCAGCUCUUCAAUGACCGUCUUGACUCGUCCCAGCGUGAGGCGGUGGAGUUUGCCUUGCGACGCAGUGACCUGGCAGUGAUUCAUGGCCCUCCUGGCACUGGCAAGACUACAACACUGGUGGAGGUGAUUCGGCAACACGUCAAACUGGGCUGCAAGGUAUUGGUGUGUGCUCCUUCCAAUCUCGCCGUAGACAACUUAGUGGAGCGACUCGCGGCAGCCAAGGUUCGUCUGGUUCGUCUUGGCCACCCAGCUCGUGUCACAGCACUCACGCAGCGCCACACCCUUGACGCCAUACUGCACAACAGCGAGGAGUGGUGUGUGCUGGGGGAUAUACGUACUGAGAUGGAGGGGGAGCUCGCCAGGCUGAGGAAGGCCCGGGGAGGUGACCAGCGCAAAAACACAAGGAACAAUAUUAAAAGUCUACGUAAGGAACUGAGAGAAAAAGAGACGAGAUUGGUCGGGCAAGUGAUGAAGGGCAGUGAGGUCAUUCUCUGCACUCUUACCAGCGGCAGUGACGAGGGGCCCCUUAAACACCUGCCCCCGCAACACCUGGAUUUGGUGGUGAUUGACGAGUGCUCCCAGGCAACCGAGGCAUCUUGUUACCUCUCUGUAGUCCGCGCCCCCAAGCUAGUGCUGGCGGGUGAUCACUGCCAGCUGCCCCCUACCAUAGUGUCCCCUCAGGCAGCUGCUAAGGGGCUAGACUUGACCCUAAUGGAGAGAGUCAUAGCCGAGUGUGGGGAGGGUGUGGUACGUAUGUUGACCCAGCAGUAUCGCAUGCACUCAGACAUCAUGCAGUGGGCCUCGGACGCACUGUACCAAGGUCGCCUCACUGCACAUCCCUCUGUCUCUACACACCUCCUCGCGCACCUGCCUGGUGUCACCCCCACUGAGGAUACAGAGACCGCAGCAGUGGUGGUGGACACGGCAGGAUGCGAGUGUUGGGAGCUGGACACCGACGACACACAGAGCAAGGCUAAUCCAGGAGAGGCGGUGGUGGUGGCAUGUCAUGUGAAGGCUCUUGUGGUGGCUGGUGUCCCUCAAGAGGCUAUUGCUGUCAUCACCCCUUAUAAUUUGCAGGUGGAGAUGGUGCGAGGACUGCUUUCCACCACCUACCCUUUAGUGGAGGUGCGGUCAGUGGAUGGUUUCCAGGGCAGAGAGAAGGAGGCUGUUAUCGUUUCCCUUGUACGGUCUAAUAAGCAUGGCACUGUUGGGUUCCUGAGUGAGGACAGGAGGCUGAACGUGGCAGUGACUCGCGCCCGGAGACACAUAGCACUCAUUGGCGACUCGGAGACCACUGGCAAGCACCCCUUCAUCCACGCCCUGUUUGAACACUUGUUUCAGCACGGCCUUGUCAAGACUGCUCAUGAAUUCCAGCAAGAGCUUGACAACACAGAGGUGCGGCUCCCAGAAUGCAUCAACUGGACUACAAAGGGCAACAAGUCUACAAGUAAAGGCACCAAGACAAAGACAGGCAGGGAGAAGGAAGCCAAGAGGACAAAACCAAGGCCACAACCAACAGAGGAGGACAACUUGAAGAGGCAACAAGAGUACCUGGGUAUACUAAAAGAUUUCCUCAAGUCCCCCAGUUUGUCGUACAGUUUCCCCAAGAAUCUGAACUCCUAUGAAAGGCGUUUGAUUCAUCAGAUAUGUGAGGAGCUUUCUCUCCAGCACUGCAGUGAGGGGACAGAUAAAGAGAGGCACAUUGUGGUGAGAAAACAAGAAAAACAGGAGGAGAAACCAGAUGAGGAGAAGAAAGAAGGGAAACAAGAGACAGUAGAGAGUAAAGAGAGUGAAAAUGAAGAUGAUUUGGUCUUGUCAGCUGAGGAAGAAGUAGCAGGGAAAAUAGAAGCAACUGUUGAUGACUUCAUAAACUCGUCGGAUGAAAUUUUAAGACUGCCUGGUAAAAUGAAUGCACUGGAGAGAGCCGUGGCGCGUAACGUGUGCGAGAGACGAGGCCUGCCACACCACAGCGAGGGGAAGGGAAAGACACGAAGGAUAGUCAUUGAAAAACCCCGAAAAACACAGAAAACGAAAAACGCAAACCAGGAACCAGAAAAUGCAAGGAAUUCUGGGAUAAAAGGCGAUAUGAAACACCCUCCUGCUCCACCACAGCACACAGAGGCAACCAGUAAUGCCACCCACAGCCACAGCACUGAGGAAACCAAACAUUCAAAUGAGGAACUAAAGAAAGCUAGGAAUUCUGGAAUAAAAGAAAUGUCAGAUCUACUUCCACCACAGCACACAGAGACAGCCACAGCCACCCACAACCACAGCAAUGCUCAGAGUGGCGCUAUACCAAAGACACAGCAGGAAAACACCACAGCAUGCCUCAAGAAAACCCGAACGCGUUAUGUGGGUGGAGAAUAUGUGCUGGUGGAGGACGGAGGCGCCACAGAGGAGAUGAAGAGGUGUGCUGUGUGUGGGAGGGACGUGCCACAGCAGAACUACAGCCUCCACAGCGUCCAGUGUGAGAGGAGGAGCAGAGAGAUGCAGAGUGCCACAGCAGCAGGGAAAAGUAAUAAGGAGAAUGUGAAGAAGAAGAAUAACAAGAAGGAGAAAGGAAAGAAUGGAAACAAGAAGAAGGGAGAAGAGGAAGAGGAAGAAGAUUUUGACUCCCUCAUCAAUAAAUUUGUGAAGGAGAACAACACCUGUUCUCAGCCGCACUGCAAGAUCCCCACCUCUGUCAUCUACCAGCUGUGUCCCUUCUGUCGUCACACCUUCUGCCUGUCACAUCAUAUGGCUGAGAUUCAUGGCUGUGGUGACCUCGCACGCCAGCAAGCCAGGACGGUCAUCUCCAGGGAGGGGGUGCUGUACCCGGGGAGUGGCGUCCCCUCCAAGAAGCCAAAAGAGGACAAAAGGAAACACUUGGAGAGGAAACUAGCAAAGAAAAUGGAUGACUUUUCAACGAAGAGGACAGUGAAGAAGUCUGACAAGAAGGAGUAGGAGAAGGAGAUGUAUAAAGUAGCUAGAUUUAUUUGCUUUUUCUUUACUUUUUAUUCUUGAUUAUUUUUGGUUCUUUAUAUAUUUAUUUAUUUUAUUUAUUUGUUUAUUUAUUUUAUUUAUUUAUUUAUUUAUUUAUUGUACUUCUUAUUCUUGGUUGUUUUUGGUGGUUCUCUUUUUUUUAUUUGUUUAUUUGUAGAUAUUGUAGAUAGCUCUUUCUUGUACAUAUCAGUUUAUUUAUUUAUUUGUUAUUUCUGUAUUAUUUGGUAUUUUCUUUUUUUCUCAUUUAUUUAUUUAUUCAACUUCUCCGUGUCUUCAUUCUUUGGGAUCUUCAAUGAUUUUUGUAAUAUUUAAUAUAUUUAUUUUAUUUUUUAUUUUUUAUUUUUCUUUUACUUAUUUAAGGAUAUUGUGCCUUAUUUAAGUUCUCUCUCUCUCUCUCUCUCUCUCUCUCUCUCUCUCUCUCUCUCUCUCUCUCUCUCUCUCUCUCUCU